UCCUGCCUCCCUCCUGCCUCCUCCUCCUCCUCGCCAGGCUCCCGCAUUGCACCGCCGCGCCGAGCCGAGCGCGGGGCUCGGGCUGCCCCGCCGGCCCCGGCUGGCGGAAUGAGCGCGGGCGAGGCCAAGGAGUACCUGGCCCGCAGGGAGAUCCCGCAGCUUUUCGAGAGCCUGUUGAAUGGAUUAAUGUGUUACAAGCCCGAUGACCCCAUUGAAUAUUUGGAAAGCUGUUUGCAGAAAGUCAAAGAGCUUGGAGGGCCAGAAAAAGUGAAAUGGGACACUUUUGUCAGCCCAGAAAAGAAGACCCUGCCUCCCCUCAAUGGAGGACAACCCAGGAGGUCUUUCCUCAGGAAUGUGCUGCCUGACAAUUCCACCUUCCCGUACCGGCGCUAUGACAGACUGCCCCCCAUCCAGCAGUUCUCCAUCGAGAGCGACACCGACCUGUCCGAGACCGCCGAGCUGAUCGAGGAGUACGACGUGUUUGACCCUGCCAGACCUCGCCCCAAAAUCAUCCUUGUCAUAGGUGGCCCAGGGAGCGGCAAAGGGACGCAGAGCUUGAAAAUAGCCGAGCGUUACGGCUUCAGCUACAUCUCGGUGGGGGAACUGCUGAGGAAGAAGAUCCACAGCACCAGCAGCAACAGAAAAUGGAGCCUCAUCGCCAAAAUAAUCACCACGGGAGAACUGGCCCCUCAGGAAACCACCAUCACUGAGAUAAAGCAGAGAUUAAUGCAGAUCCCUGAUGAAGAGGGGAUAGUGAUUGAUGGAUUUCCCAGAGAUGUUGCCCAGGCAAUCUCCUUUGAGGACCAAAUCUGCAGCCCGGAUUUGGUGGUGUUCCUGGCCUGUUCCAGUCAGAGGCUGAAGGAGAGGUUGCUGAAGCGCGCGGAGCAGCAGGGGAGACCCGAUGACAACCUGAAAGCCACCCACAGGAGGCUGAUGAAUUUCAAGCAGAACGCUGUCCCCCUGGUGAAAUACUUCCAGGAGAAAGGGCUCAUCAUCACAUUCGAUGCUGACAGAGAUGAAGAGGAAGUGUUCUCUGACAUCAGCUCAGCAGUUGACAGCAAACUGUUUGCAAACAAAGAGACUGCAGCAGGGCCAAAUGAACUCGACUGCAGUCUGAUUAUGGAUUCUGGAGAUGCUGUUUAUACUGAAUUUGACUUCGAGGACCAGGAGGAGGAUCAAUCAAGUUUUUCUGGUUAUGAGAGCACAGGAGACUUUUCAGAAGACCUGAGGAAAUCAAACAUCAUUUUUGUUGUUGGCGGGCCCGGCUCUGGCAAAGGCAGCCAGUGUGAACAGCUAGCCAGGAAAUACGGAUUUUCUCACCUGUGCACCGCUGACCUUCUCCAGAAUGAGUUGUUGUCGUUAUCGGAGAGAAGUAAAUUGAUCAAAGACAUCAUGGAAUGUGGUGAACCUGUGCCUGGUGGCAUUGUCCUGGAGCUGCUGAAGGAAGCCAUGGUUUCCAGGCUAGGGGACACCAAAGGAUUCCUGAUCGACGGGUACCCCCAGGAGCUGAGAGAUGCAGAAGAGUUUGAGAGCAAGGUUGGGGAGCCAAGGCUGGUGCUGUGCCUGGACUGCAGUGCACACACCAUGAGCAGUCGCCUGCAGAUGAGGGAUCAGAGCAGUCCCAGCUCCAGCAGUGCCCAGGCCAUCCAGGAAGGGAUCCAGAGCUACUGCCGAGCAUCACGGCCUCUGAUCGCAUACUAUGAGAGCAAGGCACAGUUAUGCAAGGUUGAUGCGGAAGGAACACAGGAGGACGUUUUUCUGGAAAUCUGCAAGACAAUUGACUCUCUGCUGAGUAGGGAAGAGGCAGCAUUUUCAACAGAAGCGCAGUGAUGGUGUGCUCUGGUGUGCACUGGUGUGUCCUGAUGUGUGCACUGGAGUGCACUGGUGUGCCCUGGUGUGCCCUGGUGUGCACUGGUGUGUUCUGGUGUGCACUGGUGUGCACUGGUGUGUUCUGGUGUGCACUGGUGUGUCACUGAUGUGUACUCAGCCUCACCCACAGCCACGAGUGCACUGCUGGUGGAAGCAGCCCUGCUGUCUUGAGAGGUGUCUGGGAUUUGUGCAUGUGGUGUGUCCUUGUAGAUGAAAUGUCUGUUCUCUGUUCUGACAGUGGGAAGUGCUCCGUGUGCAGGUUGUUUCCUCGGCUCUUUGCUCUCCAGGGGCUCAGAGCAGGCAGGUGAAUGGAACAGCAGCUCUGCUUUGUGUUUCAUCUCCUGCCUUGGAUGGGAAAUGAGGCAGUGCUUGGCCAGCAGGGAGCUCUCCAGCCCCCCCAGCUCUGCUCAGCAUACUCAUGUCAAGGGCACUGCAUACAAGUUUCCCAUCAGACAUUGUUUAAUUAACAGUUUUUUGAUACUUGUGGUGUCACUAAGGCUGUUCUCUGUGACAGGCAGCUGUAGGACAGCUGGAAUUAGUUCAGCUACAAGUCAAACUCCUCACACAUCCCCAGAACACCAUUGCACCGAGGAGAAAGAUUAACUGAAGAUACAGUUGGAUAUUGUGGAAGUCUGUCAAUCCAUCAGUGUGGUGCACACCCCAUUUCUGAGAGAGUCCUGUCUUCUGCUGGGGGCUGCAGGAAUUUACAGCUGUCCUGCAGGCUGUGUGAGCUGAGGAGAGCACAGGGACUGUGGCACAGCUCAGGGUGCUCAGCAGUGCCCCAGCAGUUGCACUCUGGCUGUCCCAGCCUGCAGUGACGAUGACUGUGAGCCACAACUACCCCGUCGUCCUCAGAUCGCACCUGGGAAGGAUUCCAAAUGCAAAAUUCACACCAUCAUCAUCAUCAUCACCAUCUGUUGUCUUGUACUGCCAUUGCCAAAAUUUGGGGAGGGGGGGAUGUGUGUGUGUGUGUGUGUGGGGAGGGUCUGGUGGGGUGGGAAACCAGCAAAAACCAACAAAAAAAGGAAAAUGUCAGGGAUUAUUUGAUUCCUGUUGCUUGCAUCCUUAGUAAGUCAUUUAUCUGUAAUAACUGCAAAACACUCUGUGAGAGUCACACGAAUAUUUCUGUUGGGGUUACCCAAAAUAUUGUGGAGUUUCUCUGGUAUUACUGACAGCUACACAAAAGCUUGUUUGACAUUCCUGUGAAGUAACUGCAUCCUCUUCCUGGAACUCCUGGAUGAACUCACAGUGCAAGUGGGUUGCAUGAUCGCUCGUACCGUCCAGGUUGUACUUUAUGCAGCGGAUUUGCAUUUUUAAAGUUAACCUUUCUUGUAAUGAAGACAUAAUACAAAUAAAACCACGUGCAAAAACGA